AGUCACGUCAAACGCACGAAUCAAAAUGGCUUCAAAACGAGAACUUUACAAGCCUGCACCGAAACAAAAUGUUGGAUCCAAGGACAGGAGGAGACCGCUGACCCAAGGAACACUUCUGGCUCAGUCUACAAAAGAAAGUAUGUCUCCUCAGGCCAGCAUGAGAAAUUCUUUCUCAGAUUUUGAAGAGGCUAGAUCCUUUGCUAAUGGUGACGAAACAGGAGUGUCACCACGAGAAAAGAUGUUCAAGAAGAAGAUGAGGAAGCCAGAAGAUCCUGCUUCCACCCCAAGAAAGUGUGCUCCAAAAGUGUCACUGAGCAUGUCACCAAGGAUGACCAAACCUGUGAAAGAUUUGGAACUCUCUGAUUCAGACCAUGAGAUUUCAUUCAACCCAGCAUUGCAGCUGCGCUCAAGCUUGAUUCUGCACAGCACACCCCCUGAGGUUUUGGUUGUGAAUGCCUCGCGCCAGACCAAAAGCCCAGACACCGCUGAAGUAGACGUCCAACUUGGUUAUGGCCAUUCUCCUGUCAAGGUCAUCUGCCAUACACCUAAUGCUGUGGCGGGUAACUUGAGAAAUACUGGUAAUACUGAAAUUAGCCGUCAAGUGUCUGUCGACCAAGUUCCAAGGAUUUCUGUUACGCGUGAAUCGGACUAUUCGGAUAUUAGUCAGCCAAAGACACCUCUCUACAAGAAACCUCAAGUUAUUCCAGAAAAUACCAUUGCUGGCAGCCCCAAAGAUCCCAAUUGUGCUUCCCGGAACGUCUCGCUCGUCUACCGUGAUGGCGCUAUCAGUCCUAUACGGGAGCUGAAUAAUCAUUCCCAGCAGAAUUUCAUGAAGAGUAACGUGCUUGAUGCUCGAGAUUCAGAAACAAGUGACCUUGACACAAUGACAGGAGGAAGCGAGGCAGGCUCGACAUUGGUUAAUUCCUCGACUGCUCAGAGCACGAUUGUUUCUGUGCCUAAUCAUCCCCCGUCGUCAAAGAAGAAAAAGAAAGUUGUUUAUAAGGUUGUGCAGUCCAAAUAUAUGCAAGCUAAGCCUAAAGCAGUUGGUAAUGAUGAGAGCAUUUUGAGGAAUACUAGUUGUACUAGCCAGUCCUCAGUUCGCAGUGACACCUUGAACAGAUCAAGGCGACGGGCGGCCCCGAAGGCGAGAGAAGCACUUGUUAAUAUCAGCGGUGUUUCAUCAUGCAGUUCUGUAGGAAGCAAACCAAGCCAGCAAUACCCUUUUGAUGUGUCGGCAAUAUCGGCCAUCUCCAACGUUAGUAGCGGGGACGACUGCAUGUUUGCUCAGCCAACAUCCUAUCCACAACCUAAAUCAGCUAAGGCUCUUGCUAAAUCUCAUGCUAAUAAAAGGCCUAAGACAACUAGGCACGCGAGACGAGAUGUCCAUUUAGAAGCUAACUCAUCAUCAGAAAGUCUGGCAUCAGUUUCUAUGGCGAAGGAGCCAAAGAAUAAACAUACCAAGAAAGCCAAUCAUGAAGUUAGUCAAAGUCACCUGGAUGUGCUACACUCUAGGAAUGUCCAGUGGUUCUACCUGGAUGCCCUCGCAGAAAAAAGACUGAAAGAACAAGAGAAAAACUUCAUGGCGUAUACAGCUACUCUUUGGGAAGAAAACGAACGAAUGAGGCAGCGAGUAUUUGACCUUGAUCAGCAGAUUGAGAAGGUCAAGCAUUUGAAUAGAUUGGAUGAGGCUAUUGAACUUCAGAAGCAAGGCCUUGGUCCAGUGGUCAACAGUAUCAGUAAAGUGACGAGCCAGCAUAGCACACUUGCCCAAGCCCUUGAUACAACCAGACACCAGAUACCUGUUCGAGGUGUCUACAUCCCUGAUAAUCCUGAAGAAUAUGAAAAUGCGUUACUGCAGUCCCUAGAAGAGAGUGAGAAGCUUCUGUCCGAGCUGAAUGUGAUGAUCCGACCAAAACAACAAGAUGUCAAAUCUCUCGCAGGUGCUGUCAAUGCUCUGGAGAAGACUUCAGGAGAGGAGACAAAGAAACUGGAAAAUUGUCAAGAACUGCUUGCAGCCAUGCAAACCCUCUCUACCCAUGAGAUGUCUCUUUUGAUACAAGAAAUACAAGAGGCUGAACCUUGAGUUGGAAACGAAGGACCAAAAAGUUGUACAACGGCUUACAAUUGAGGACUCACAAUCAAUAUAAAUCGAAAUGUACGAGUAAAAUCUAGUUGGAUUAUGGACCUUUGUGACAAUUUGAUGGACAGUUGAUUUGAUGGAUACAUUUAGUUCCGUUACAUGUAUGUCCCACCGAGGGAAGUCUGGAGAAAAUGAACAAUGGUGCAGGUACCUUUGAAGAAAAUGAGAUACUGUAUGUUCCUGUAGUUGAGACUAUUUUUCUCCUUGUUGGUCUUUCUGCUACAUUGUACAUGUAUGAGGUGCUGGUCGCCUGUCGGGUUGUAUAUGAUGAUGAAUUACUGCCAUGGUGUAAAGAUGAAUGGGUUGUGAGUGGAUGUGGCCUUUUGUCCCCUCAUUUGGGGCCCUAUAUAAAAGAAAUUUGAGUCGAUGACCUAUCCAAACACUGCCUUCUAGAGUUUAGAUCAUGUCUCAUUUACUGAACUUUUGGUUGACCUUGGUAUUGGUCUAAGAAGAAAGGUUGUUGAAGAAACCAUGUACCAUAUGUUUUCAACUAUAAACUUGCCUCUAUCUUCUGAUAUUUGAUACCGUUACACUGUUUGAUAGUUAGUAA